AGAAAGUCCCUCCUCCACAAAUGUGAGGUUCGAUCAAACGAUAGCUCAUGAAACUUAUCCUAACAGGGCACAAUACAACCAACAAGACAACGGAGCAGAAGCCGUAGCAGACGUUGGCCCUGAGAACCCAGAGGUCGACGGAGAUCAGGCUAGUGUCAUCCGACACGGGGAACAGCAGUGUCGUGUAGCCGAACACAACAAUGACGAAGGGGCCACUAUCGAUUACGAAUUUUACAAGCUUAUCAACGAUGCACCACGAGAUGUGACUCGAGGAAAGCUCAACGAGAAGCAACGCUCCAAGUCGAUCGCAAUGACUGGGUCUAGAAAGGAGCCUCGAGACCCUCCGAAGGGGCAGGGAAAGCCCAAGGAAGAGAAGGGCAAAGAUAAGACGGAAGAACAAAGUUCGCAGACGGCAUACAAGGACAAAGGCAAGCAGAACCUACCGACCGCAGGUGGGAAGGGAAGCGUUAAGAAAUCUUAAAUUCGGUCUCUGAAAUCCGAAUUUCAUACUUGGACUUGGGCUCUUUGCCGGACUUUCUCAGAAAUUAUAAUCAGUAGUGGGCUUGUGUGUAACCAGUUUAAUGAUGUCGAGAGCUGGGCGACA